GCGUUGUGCGAGCGAACACUCUGCCGGAAAUAUUCACUGCCGUUUUUCCUUCCAAGCCAGUCGAGUCAGACAACGCUGGCGUUAUCCGAGAUGUAGCAGGAGCGAGGGUGGAUGCACAUGCACAUGCAUCUCCCCUAUUGAGUGACGCGGGGUUGGUACGACCUACCGUAGUUUGCGACCUCAUGCUGCCAGUCGUCCAAGCCUUCCGCGGUGCUGCCUUGCUGCCGUGUAGCACUGCUACCGCGUUACCGUGUUACCCUGUUACCGCGCCUGUUGGCAGCGCAAUGAUGGCCGCGUCGCGCAAGUUCGCGGUGCGACUAGCAGCGGCGCUCUUCCUGGUCCUCGCGCGCUACGGCUACGGCGCGUCGGCUCGACUAGACGCCGCUCAGACUCGAGUGCUGCAGGACUGUGAGGCAGCUUGGAGUCGAGAAGACAUCGUGCCUUUUGCUUGCUUGACUCUCAGUGUCGAGUGUGACCAAUCGGAGACCAACAUCAUAUCCUUAUCGUUCCCCUCCAUGUACCUCACAGGCCCCCUCCCACCCUCCAUUGGCACUCUCACUGCUCUCACCUCUCUGGACCUGUCAGGCAAUGGCUAUCUUCGAGGCCCAUUCCUUCCAAUUUCAGCCGCCUGUCUCGGCUGCAAGUCCUAUUGCGAGCCUGCCUUGCCUCGUUCGCCAGGGUUGAGCCCGCCACAUCCUGCCAGCGAGCAGUCCGCCUGCCGAUCUGCGCGGAUUUGACAGGUCCGCUUGUGGAUUGACGAGCCGGGCGCAGAUCGUCACUUGGACGCAUCUACACGGGAAUGCAGCUCGCAGCUCUACCAGCCGAUUAUACCCGACCCGCCACUCGGGUAACGAACUACCCGGCCCCCAGACCCCGGUUUGGGUAAUGGACCUUGUGGGGUCUACCCGACUGUUACCCGACCAGACCCGACCCUGGGUAGGGGAAAUCUGGGUCAGGUCGGGUCGGGUUAUUCUUGAACCCUAGGGCGGGGUGAGGGCCGACCCGGCCCGAACCAGCCCAGCCCAGCCCGUGCCCGGGGGCGUGGACGGGCCGGCCAAAACCCGUCCCCUUGACCAUGUCUGACUGACAACAC